AUGAAGCUCCUCUUUGCAACUACACUAUUCUUGGCUUCGGUCAUGGCCAUGCCCAGUCAACUUGCAGCCGCGCCUGAUGCCACUACUGAGAUCGGAUAUGUUCAAGGAGCUAGAAGUGGGCCUCAAGAUGACCUGAGCAAGAGAGAUCUCGUUAAAGAGAGUAGAGAGGCGGCGAAUGAAUUCUGUUCAGGAAUAUAUGGAUAUUGCUCAGAUACCGUCAAGUGCUGCGAUGGCCGUGUCUGCACACGUUGCGUAGGGGAUACUGCCCCGAUAAACAUUUGCCAUCCUGCUCAAUGCGCAGCCUUUAAAGCCUAA